UAAAGUCAAAACCCCAAAACAAGCCGGAACUCAAAACAUAACAAUUAACUAAAAACAACCAAUCGCUUUCAAAUCCGCCCCUCAUACCCCUUUUCUCAUCACUCUUUCUAAACUCCAAAUUCAAACCCUAAUUCGCCUUCGAUCUUCGUCUUCAAGCCUCCAAUCAAUCGAUUAACGUCAAUUUCAUCUCUACACACCCGAAUCCACGAAACAAUUCGGUCCGUAUCAGAUUCAUUCGCGUUUUUACCAACCUUUUCGCGAAAUUUAGGGUUUUUGUGCGCUUAAUUCUUGUCGAAUUUCGAUUAAUCAAUCGGUUAGUUUGCAAGCUGGCUAUGGACUACGAACCUUAUGAUAGCAGCGGAACCGAUGAUGAUCUUCCGCCGUCCCAUCAAAACAGAAUUCCAAGAGGUGGACAUGUGGCAGGUAACGGAAGAUCUGCAGUUAUGGGUGCCGUACAAUAUCCUCCUCGUAUGUAUGGGGAAACUGAUAUGGAAGCCCAAAUUCAUCUCCUUGAACAAGAAGCAUAUAGUUCUGUCUUACGAGCCUUCAAAGCCCAAGCGGAUGCAAUUACUUGGGAAAAGGAAGGUUUAAUAACCGAGCUCCGAAAAGAAUUGAGACUGUCAAAUGAAGAACACAGGGAGCUUUUGCUCAAAGUAAAUUCAGACGAUGUUAUCCGAAGAAUAAGGGAGUGGAGACAGUCGAGUGGGCUUCAACCUGGGAUGGUCAACACGGGUCAAGCGGUCCACGAUCCAUUACCUAGCCCAUCUGUCUCAGGAACCCGUAAGAAGCAGAAGAUGAACUCAUCAGGUCCUUCUCAAUCCUUUGGUGUGCCACCUCAGCAUGUACCUCUACCCACUUCUUCAUCUGCUAGAAGAGCACCCGUGACCGGGAGUAAGGCGAAAAACAAGAAAUCAAUGAUGGGUGGAGCGUCUUCCGUAAAAACUCAGCAUCCUACAUCAAGCUCAACUGGGCGGGCCCAGCUUGGUAACCGUGCGACUUCUGGUGCUCUUGCAAUCGUGCCUGCUGAAACAUCAUCAUUUUCACCUUUAAUUGGGAGAAAAGUAAGAACCAGGUGGCCUGACGACAACAAUUUCUACGAAGCUACAAUAACAGAUUACAAUCCUGUUGAGGGUCGGCAUGCUCUAGUUUAUGAUAUGUAUACCGCAAACGAGACGUGGGAGUGGGUCAAUCUUGCAGAGAUAUCUCCAGAAGAUAUACAAUGGGUGGAAGGUGAGGACCCCGGGAUUCCACAUCGUGGAUCGGGUCGACCCGUUGGACGUGAUGGUGGUCCAGGUGGAGGAAGAGGUAGAGGGAUGACCAAGGGUCAAACAAGAAAAGAGUUUCCACCGUCACAGAACGGCAUAGGAAAGAAGGGUGUAGAUGAAAUUCAAUUACUCAACACUGAUACUCUAAUAAAGGAGGUGGAGCGGGUAUUUGGAUCUAGUCAUCCGGAUCCUCUUGAGAUAGAGAAAGCUAGGAAAGUCUUGAAGGAACAUGAACAAGCACUUGCCGAUGCCAUUGCAAGGCUAGCAGAUAUCUCCGAUGGUGAAAGUGAUGGAGGUCGGCCUAUGCGUGGACAACCAAUGGAUCGAGAAUGACCCAAAGAUGAAAAUAAUGAGUAGCUAAUACGGACCGUAAAUGGCACGGGGAGAAGUCAUAGCGACACAUAGAGAUGUUUAUUUUAGGGGUAGAGAUUGCACAACUGCAAUGAGGGUGUUAAAAGGCGUUGUAAAAUAUUAUGUUUGUUGAUUUAUACCUCUUAGUUAUAAUGUGUAGCAGGUAUUCUAGUUUUUUUUUUUACAAUUUUUUUUCGUAGGGGGGCAGGGGCGCGGGGUUAGUGAUGGUUAACUUAUCAUGUUCAUACUUCAUAUAAAUUCAUCUGCAAUUUUUUAUGCACUUCAAUUUGAGAAUUUGGGGUUUAGAUCCUGCAAAUUCAGUUUUGGGUGUGAAGACUAUGUUUUGAGUAUAGGAGAUGAUUAAUGAUUA